AUUAAUUCUGCCGCCACCAUAUACAUAUAUAUACUUGUGCCGCUUCUGAUCAGUUAACCUUCCCGUGUCCCGUUCCUCUGUUUUCCGCUCCGCUCCGCUCCGAGACCUGUCGGUGUGCCUGCCUCUCUGUCUCUGUCCCUGUCUCUGUCUCUGUCUUGGCAGCUUUAAAGGAACAUCAAUGGCGCCCAAGGUAAAAGGGAAGGAGAAGGAGGGCAAGCGGCCCGCCGUCAAAAUUCAGUCCAAUGAUAUGCGCAGCUCUCCAAAUCCUCCAAGCGCCAGAGAGUCGGUAUUGGGAAAGGCAAGUUGGAGAAAGCGAGUCCGACGGUCCGGCGCUCGCUCCGCACUAAAGGGUUGGCCCCGGCCCACGUGGACGGCGUUUGCGAAACCCUAAGAGUUGCCACUUGGGAGAAGGUCUCCCCUCGUGUAUCAGGUCCCUUGAGCAUGACUGAUGCCCACGACGGAACUGGAUCUCACCAGAAUCUGGUAGCCACUCUAUUGUCAAUGGAGGGGCCGAUUAAGAAUAAGAGCGUCAGGGGCCAACUGGAUUUGGGCUCGAUGAAAUUGGAGAGCAAGAAUGUUGCCAUGGUAGUCCCCAAUUGGGUAAUGACUGUCAAGUUUAUGCCUUGCAGCAGUAUGAGGAUGGUUGUAGCGGGAGACAAGGUCGGGAAUGUGGGGUUCUGGAAUAUGGAUUCGGAGGAGGGGAAUGAUGGCAGAUGCUUGUAUAGGCCUCACUCGGGUCCGAUUUCGGGGAUUCUGUUUCCGGAAUCCUGCAUCUCUCAGAUGUUUACGAGUUGCUACAAUGGUUACGUUCGAAUGAUGGAUCUUGAGAAGGGGGAGUUCAUUCUUGUGCGCGAGAGGGUGGAGCGCUUGAACUGCCUAUCGAAGCCGCCAAAUGAUGACAAGAGCUUGUACAUGGCAGAAGGUCGGGGAGUGUUAACUGUGUGGGACACGAAAUCCGGGAAGCCUUCCUUGCAGUUGGAUCUUCACAGCCACCUCAUCAACACCAUAGAUUUCAAUCCAGGGAACUCCAAGGUCAUGGCCACUGGUGCGAGGGAUAAAACUGCAAAGAUUUGGGAUUUGAGAUUUAUCCGCAAGGGCCUACCCAGGUGUUUGAAGGAGGUGAAGCACAAAGGCGCUGUGAAUUCUGCUUACUUCUCGCCCUCCGGGGCCGCCCUUGCAACGCUAAGUUUGGAUGACUACGUGGGGAUACAGAAUGGGACCAAUUGGGAUGUUAGCUGUAUGAUACCUCAUGUCCAUGGUCACAGUGUCAGAUAUAUUCCAAAACUCAGAGCAAUAUGGGGAUGGGACGACUCUUGCAUUUUCGUGGGCAGCAUGGACAAAGCAAUUGACGUCAUCUCUCCGGUGCAAAGAGGAGUGGUUAUGAGCUUGGACAGCCCCAACAUGGGUACGGUUCCCUGCAGAUUCGAUGCGCAUCCUCAACGCGUCGGCCUGCUAGCCGGAGCCGCAGCUGGCGGCAAUGUUUACGUCUGGACUUGUAGCUAGCUAGGAAAAGGUGGCAGCUGGAGACUUUUACUUCAUAUUUAGACUUUUGGUUUUGGAUCAACAUAACAUAGCAUGCAUGUUUCUUCAUGGAAUGUUUUGGACUGCUGGGUUUUUGUGUGCGAUCGAUGCUUAUUAACUAGCGUCUAGCUAACCGCCCC